AUGUCUGCACAACAUACCCCUACACCCUCGGAGAAGAAGCUUCCCGCGACGCAGAAGGCGUGGCGCGUAACGGGCAGUGGGAAGCCCGAGAAGGUCCUCAAAUUCGGCGACGCGCCCAUCUCCGCGAAGCUCAAGAAGGGCGAGGUGCUCAUCAAGGUGCAGGCCGCCGCGCUCAACCCUGUAGGGAGCAAGUUGAUGGGCAUGCUGCCCGGAUUCCUGCUGAAGCGCCUGACCGCACCUGAAUUCGACGUCGCGGGCGUCGUCGUGGAUGCCAACGGCACGGGCUUCAAGGAGGGCGACGAGGUGUUUGGCUGGAUCCCGAUCUUCCAGAAUAUCAGCACAGGCCAGGGCGCGCUCUCGCAAUACACGCGCCUCCUCGCCACGGACAUCAUCCUGCGACCUCAAAACGUCACUCCGACUGAGGCGGCAGGCUUCCCCAUCGCGGGUCUGGCAGCGUACCAAGCGCUCCUCGAAUUCGCGAAACUUCAGGCGGGCCAGUCCGUAUUCAUCAACGGCGGCAGUACCGCCGUUGGGUCGUUCGCCAUCCAGAUCGCGAAGGCGAAGGGCGCGCGCGUCGCCGCGAGCGCGUCGGCGAAGAACGAGCAGUACGUGCGUGGCCUAGGCGCAGACGAGUUCUUCGAUUACACGAAGGCGCCGCUGCACGAGCAACUGGUUGCGGCCAACGUCUCGCCCAAAUACGACGUCUUCUUCGAAACGGCCGGCCUCAUGGACCCCACGCUAUAUGUACACAGCGCAGCGUACCUCGCACCGAAGGGGAUCUUCCUGUCGGUCGGCCCACAAGGCCCUGGGGUCGUGAGCUUCGCGUGGAAUGUGCUCCUGCGACCAUCGUUCCUCGGCGGCGUGAAGCGCAAGUGGAAGCUCAUCCAGGUCAAGUCCAGCCAAGAGGACCUGAAGGGGUUCGCGAAGUUGGUCGAGGAGGGCAAACUUCGACCGGUGGUGGACUCGGUGUACGUGUUCGAAGAUGCGCUUUCGGCCUACGCGCGACUAUUGACGAGCCGGGCGACGGGCAAGGUGGUAGUGAAGGUGGACCCCACCGUAGGGUGA